AUGAGUGAGGAGGAAGGCCGUGAACGGGCGGUGACGGCUGAAGGAGAUGCGGAAUCGAUGAAUGAUGGGAGAGCUUUGGUACAAACACCCGCAAGAAGUGGUGAUGUUAUCACCCCCACCCGUGCCGUUCUGACCCUCUCGAAAUCCAUGUUCAAUGCCGGUUGUUUCUCGCUUCCAUACGCAUGGAAACUCGGAGGACUCUGGGUUUCUUUCGUGAUGUCAUUUGUCAUUGCUGGUCUCAAUUGGUACGGAAAUCACAUUCUUGUCAGAGCCAGUCAGCAUCUCGCCAAGAAAUCUGACAGAAGCGCCCUUGAUUACGGUCAUUUUGCGAAGAAAGUUUGUGACUACAGUGAUAUAAGAUUUUUGAGAAAUAACAGCAAAGCAGUCAUGUACUUUGUCAACGUGACGAUAUUAUUCUAUCAGUUGGGAAUGUGCAGUGUUGCAAUUCUUUUCAUUUCGGAUAAUUUGGUAAAUUUAGUCGGUGAUCAUUUGGGAGGAACUCGACACCAACAAAUGAUUAUGAUGGCCACAGUCUCAUUAUUUUUUAUUCUUCUCACAAAUAUGUUCACAGAAAUGAGAAUUGUUUCUUUCUUUGCACUCGUUUCGUCGGUUUUCUUUGUGAUUGGUGCAGCAGUUAUCAUGCAAUUCACUAUUCAACAACCAAAUCAAUGGGACAAACUGCCUGCAUCAACUAAUUUCUCUGGAACAAUCACUAUGAUCGGAAUGAGUAUGUAUGCAUUCGAAGGACAAACAAUGAUAUUGCCGAUUGAAAAUAAGCUCGAUAACCCAGCGGCUUUCCUUGCUCCAUUUGGAGUUCUCUCGACCACAAUGAUGAUUUGUACUGCAUUCAUGACAGCACUCGGUUUCUUUGGAUAUACUGGAUUCGGUGAUGCGAUUGCUCCAACUAUCACAACAAACGUCCCGAAAGAGGGAUUAUAUUCAACUGUCAAUGUAUUCCUUAUGCUUCAAUCUCUUCUUGGUAAUUCGAUUGCCAUGUACGUUGUCUAUGAUAUGUUCUUCAAUGGAUUCCGUCGGAAGUUUGGAGCAAGAUUCCCUAAUGUUCCGAAGUGGCUCUCAGACAAAGGAUUCCGUGUAUUCUGGGUUCUUGUCACAUAUCUGAUGGCUGUGUUGAUUCCAAGGCUGGAAAUUAUGAUUCCAUUGGUCGGAGUUACCAGUGGAACUCUUUGUGCACUGAUUUUCCCGCCAUUCUUCGAGAUGAUCACUUUCUGGACUGAUUGGAAGGUACUCCUCACCCAUCGCCAACGUAUGACAAAGAUUUUCAUCAACUGCGUUGUCAUGGCGAUUGGAUUUUUCGCCAUCAUCGCUGGAGUCUACACAAACAUUUCCGCCAUCAUCAACUCAUUCUCCCAACCGGAGCCUUGA